UCUGUUCGGGCAUGGUUGGCUGUAGCUAGUCUAGAGCGCAACUGGCUUUAUCAUGCAGAUAUUUGUGAAAACCUUAACUGGAAAGACGAUCACGUUGGAGGUUGAAGCCUCCGACACGAUCGAAAAUGUCAAGGCUAAAAUCCAGGAUAAAGAAGGGAUUCCCCCUGAUCAACAACGGUUGAUUUUUGCCGGCAAGCAACUUGAGGAUGGAAGAACUCUUUCCGAUUACAACAUCCAGAAAGAAUCCACGCUUCAUUUGGUGCUUCGCCUUCGUGGUGGAGCCAAGAAGCGCAAGAAGAAGAAUUACUCCACCCCAAAGAAAAUCAAGCAUAAGAAGAAGAAGGUCAAGCUUGCUGUACUCAAGUUUUACAAGGUUGACGAGAAUGGUAAAAUUCAUCGUCUGAGGCGAGAAUGCCCAUCGGAACAGUGUGGUGCCGGAGUCUUCAUGGCUGCUAUGGAGGACAGGCAUUACUGUGGAAAAUGUGGCUACACUCUCGUCUUUAACAAGCCCGAAGACAAAUAAAUCUUAUGUCUUAUCAUGUACCCAUAACAUCUAAAUAAAGAAAAUUUUUAAACUGA